CCACUGUUUGUUUCUCUAAGCCGAAAGCUUCCAAGAUCUCUGCAGAAUGCAAACAUAAUCACCAGUUUCUUGUUGAAUUUCUUUAUUUUUUUUAUCUUUCCUUGACAAUGGGAGGCUGUACUUCGAAGCCUUCAAAGCCAAAUCCAUACGGCUCAGGAGAUAGGAAUCAGCAUCCUGCUCAACCUCAACCACCCAAAUCUCCGCCGCCGCCUCUGCCACCGACCACCCCUUUCCUCCCCAUGUACACUCCGAGUCCGGCCCACCCGAACAAACCCAAGACUCCUUCGACGCCGCUCAGGUUUCUUCGGAGAUCGUUUCCUCCCCCUUCUCCCGCAAAGCAUAUCCGGGCGGUGCUGAGGCGGCGGAAGAGUAAUAAGAAGGCGGAAAAGGAGGCGGGAAUCGCGGCGGAGACGACGGAUGCGGACGAGGAGGAAGGGGUUGAGCUGGAUAAAAGAUUCGGGUUUUCAAAGGAAUUGAGGAGUAGGUUGGAGGUAGGAGAAGAAGUUGGCAGAGGGCAUUUUGGGUACACUUGUGCUGCUAAGUUCAAGAAAGGUGAAUUCAAAGGUCAGCAGGUUGCUGUUAAAGUUAUCCCAAAGUCCAAGAUGACAACAGCUAUUGCAGUUGAGGAUGUGAGAAGGGAGGUGAAGAUAUUGCGAGCCUUGACAGGACAUAGCAAUCUAGUGAAAUUCUACGAUGCGUUCGAAGAUCAUGAUAAUGUCUUUAUAGUAAUGGGAUUGUGUGAAGGAGGUGAGCUUUUGGAUAGAAUACUUGCAAGGGGUGGAAAAUACACUGAAGAUGAUGCAAAGGUUGUAAUGGUUCAGAUACUAAACGUUGUUGCUUUUUGUCAUCUUCAAGGCGUUGUGCAUCGAGAUCUUAAACCAGAGAAUUUUCUGUAUAUUUCAAAGGAGGAGAACUCUUUGCUGAAAGCCAUAGACUUUGGCCUGUCGGAUUUCGUAAGACCAGAUGAAAGACUUAAUGACAUUGUGGGAAGUGCAUACUAUGUGGCCCCCGAAGUUCUACACAGGUCCUACGGUACAGAAGCUGAUGUUUGGAGUAUAGGCGUGAUAGCUUAUAUUCUUUUAUGUGGGAGUCGACCAUUUUGGGCUAGGACCGAGUCUGGAAUUUUUCGAGCAGUUCUGAAAGCUGAUCCUAAUUUUAACGAACCACCUUGGCCUUCCUUGUCGUUAGAAGCCAAGGACUUUGUGAAGCGUCUCUUGAUUAAGGAUCCUAGGAAACGAAUGACAGCAGCUCAGGCUCUGAGUCAUCCUUGGAUUCAGAGUCUUAGUAAUGUCAAGGUUCCACUCGAUAUUUUAACAUUUAGGCUUAUAAAGACGUAUAUGCAAUCAUCGCCUUUGCGGAAGGCUGCUUUAAAGGCUUUGUCGAAGACAUUGACUCCCGACGAACUCUUUUACCUGAGAGAGCAAUUUGCCUUAUUAGAGCCGAAACAUGGUAGCAUAACCUUGGAGAAUAUUAAGACGGCUCUGAUGAAAAACGCGACAGAUGCAAUGAAGGAGUCUCGCAUUCUGGAUUUUCUUUUAUCGCUAAAUGCACUCCACUACAGAAGAAUGGACUUUGAAGAGUUCUGUGCAGCUGCAUUAAGCGUCCAUCAGCUCGAGGCAUUCGAUCACUGGGAACAACACGCGCGUUGUGCGUAUGAGCUUUUCGAGCAGGAUGGGAACAGGGCUAUCGUCAUCGAGGAACUCGCUUCCGAACUCGGUCUUGGACCCUCGAUUCCCAUCCACGCCGUUCUUAACGACUGGAUAAGACAUACCGAUGGGAAGUUGAGUUUCCUAGGGUUUGUUAAAUUGUUGCGUGGUCCAUCCAGUCGAGCCGUUGCAAAGGCGCAAUAAUCGUGCCACGUUGCCGGGAGACAAUCCGACGAGCCACGGGCGUAAAACGGAUCAAUCCUUCUUCGGGGGGAUUUGCUAGGAUGCUCCAUGAAUCCAGUUUGAAUCAAAUUUAUGUUAAUUCUUGGAGGAGUUUGAGAGUUGUGGGAAACUUUGAAGAUAUCAUUGGCAAUGACGGCAAGCAAUCACAAUG